AUAUGGUGAGAAUUGCCCUCCUCUGCUCAAUUCCUCGAGCGGUGAUCUGUGUCGCUUUGCCCUUUUUCGAAAUAAAAACAAAAACAGAUGAUCUCAGAAUAUCAUGGCUUCAUCUUAAACAACGAACCUGCGAUGAAGUUUGGAGUGUGCCACGGAUAAGUGAAGAUGCUCGACGGACAGUCAGCCGCGAAGAGAGUGAUAUUUGAAAAGGCCGGUUGAAUUGUGCCGUCGCGUUUCAGCCAAUCGGAUGCCCCUGGUUAGUAAUGACAGAUAGUAAGGGGUCAUCACUGCCUGCGAUGCCAGAGCCCAGGAGUCCUACCACCAUGAAACAGCCCUCUGAUUCACCUGGUGGAUGUAAGGGUCGGGGUGAUGGGAGCACUGACCCUACUAUGCUCAUGGAUAAAGCUGCUACCCAAAUGGCUGCUACACCUCAAGAAAGUGUUUUGCAGAUGAUUGGCAGUCAUGGUCAUAACCACACUCAUGAGCGGCUAAAGGACCUGACUUCCCGCUUGUUAAAUGAAGAUCAAGACAAAAUUCCAAAGCUCUGUGCCGCCACAGCUGCACAGCCUCUUCUCAAGGGGGUGGAGCCUGUUCCUCAGCAUGCCAGCCCUCCAAGGAAGUCUAGUGUUUCUCCUGAACUCACUUUUAAAAUAACCAAAUGUAUGGUAAAUCUAGGUGGGAAGACAAACCAAAAUGGAACAGAUUAUGCAGAGGAGGAAACAGAGGAGGCAAAUGCACCUUUGAGACUUUCAGAAGGUUUUCUGGACUCUCCAACUGCCAGGAGAGAAAGACGAAAGAAGAAAGGGGGGCUUGUGAGGAAGAGAAUUCCACCAAAUCGUAGAAAGUCGAUUUUAACCCCUACUGAGAGUUCUGAUCAGUCCCCUCUACUGCACACCUCCAUAAAUUUUAAUGACCUCACCACUGAACCAUGUGUUCUCCCCAAUGAGUCUGAUGAGCAGAGUGAUGGCGAGAUAUCUUCAAGUGUAACUCCCAUCCCAACCCAGGGGCCUGUGCCUGACUGUGAAGUGAAUGAUAUUGCACAGGGUGUGGAUGAUGUGGAAAUGAGUGGUACAGAGUCACAACCCUGUGUGCAGUUCUCAGCGGGUGAUAUUAUCUGGGCCAAAGUGUCUGGAUACCCUUGGUGGCCUUGCAUGAUCACUACAGACCCAGAGAUUAACUUGCACUUUAGGUCAAAAGUGAAUAGCCGCACAGGAUUAUUGUACCAUGUACAGUAUUUCGGAAAUGCUCCAGAGAGAGGAUAUGUUUUUGAGAAGAGCAUGAUCCCCUUCUCAGGAAAACACCAAUACCAGUCACUAAGCCGCAGCAACAAACUACCCAUUGAUAUUAGUGGAAGGAAGCGGGCAAUUCCUCGUAAGUUUCGGGAACAUUGGGAGACAGGUGCAUCACAGGCUACAGAAGCAUUGGGCUUACUACUAGAGGAGCGACUGGCCAAAUUUGGCUUUGUUUAUGAAAAUGGGAAAGCCCAGUUCAACCUUCGCAUUCUACAAGAACUUCAAGCACAGCGCAAUCAGGGACCACAGCAAGACCAAGAUCGGAGGGAGUCUCAGGAGCUUGUUAGCCUCACUCCUCCUGAUUCCACUCAUUCCAGCCCCAACUCCACAACAACUACCACCAUCCCAGGCCUCUUCUCGCACUCCACAGACAGCAGCACUUCAACAGGGAAAAACUCCUUCCCGAAAAAAGCACCUAAAACGUCAGUGAAGAGGGAUCAGCACACCAUAGUACUGAAGUGGAAGAAGACGGAAGCUUUCUCUGUAAAAGAUGUCCCCGAGUCUACUGUUCAGAAUCACUGCACUGCAUCAGAACACCAGAGUAAAAUAAAGACAAAGACUGGGAAACGGGCAUACCGGAAAAAGAAGGACCAGCUCUGUAUUGAUCUCCAGCCUAAAGCUUCUCAGAAGAAACCAAGACAGAUCAGACAGAAGUUUCCUGCUGCACCAAAUUCAGUAAAGAAGAGGAAAGUAAAAGCUGGUGUCAGUAUCUCUGACACUUUAGGCACAGUGUCCACUAAUCCUGGACUUUCAGAUAUAAAGGUAUUAGCACCAAGCCCAAAAGUCUUGGAGGAAGAUAAUUCUAAAGGAAAGAAAAAAGGCUACAAACGUUUACGAGAAUCCAAGAAUGACGUGGUGCUGCAGCCAAAAAAGAAAACCAAUCUUGAAAAAGACUUUAAAAAACCGAAAGGCCAAAAGGUAUGGUAUGAGAAGGCACCAUCAAAUGAGGCUGCUGUUGGUAAACCCAGGGGGAGGAGUCGGAAAGCAGACGUUGAUGACAAAAUGAAACAAACUAAAAAAGCCCCAAGUAAAUGGGAGAAGUCUCUUGCUGAAGCUAAGCAUGUCAGGAAGCGGAAACAGGAGUCAGACAGACAAUCUUUUGCUCUCUCAUCCAAAAAGCACCGCCCAUCAUCUCCUGAGCCAGAGAGUUUGCUGUGUGAGCAGAGACCCGAUUCUCCCAGUGACAGUACAGAUGAAUCACAUCACUCAAAGAAGACAGAGCGAAUUGCAGGUGCCAAGAAAGAAAGUGUCUGUCUGGUGUGUGAGCAGACCGGAGAGGAUCUGGUGAUGUGUGAAGGACAGUGCUGUGCCUCAUAUCACUUGCACUGUAUUGGGCUGGAUCGGUCAGCAGAAAAGGUGUUCUGCUCUGCCUGCAGCUCGGGUGUGCAAGUGUGUUUCACCUGUAAGAAGUCUGAAGGAGAGGUACGGCGUUGCUGUGUGCUUCACUGUGGGCAUUUCUACCACGAGGCUUGUGCGCGGUUGAGCGCCCUGACUGUGUUUGAGAACCGAGGCUUCCGCUGCCCCCUGCACACCUGCCUCAGCUGCCACUACAGCGGCCGUAGUGCUGCCAAGGCCACCAAAGGAAAGAUGAUGCGUUGUUUGCGCUGUCCCGUGGCCUACCAUGUUGGAGACCUGUGUGUUGCUGCAGGGAGCGAGAUGAUCACUUCCUCUGCCAUUGUGUGCACAAACCACUUCCGGCCUAAAAAAGGCUACAGUCACCACUCUCACGUCAACGUCAGCUGGUGCUUCAUCUGCUCAAAAGGUGGCCGUCUGCUGUGCUGUGAGUCAUGCCCAGCUGCAUUUCACCCUGACUGUCUGAACAUCGCUAUGCCAGAUGGCAGCUGGUUCUGUAAUGAUUGCCGCUCAGGGAAGAAACCCAAAUACAGAGAUGUCAUCUGGGUCAAACUGGGAAACUACAGAUGGUGGCCUGCAGAGAUCCGUCACCCUAAAAACGUCCCGACCAACAUCCAGCACCUGCGUCAUGAGAUAGGAGAGUUCCCUGUAUUCUUCUUUGGCUCUAAAGACUAUUUCUGGACACACCAGGGCAGAGUCUUUCCUUACAUGGAGGGAGACAGGGGAAGCAAAUAUCAGCAUACUGGCAUUGGAAAGGUCUUUAAGAAUGCCCUGCUGGAGGCUGAAGCUCGCUUUAAGGAGAUCGAAAUGGAAAGGGAGGCCAAAGAGGCGCAUGAGAACAACAAGAAGCCUCCUCCUUACAAAUACAUCAAGGUGAAUAAGCCUUGUGGGCGAGUACAGGUCUACACCGCAGACAUCUCUGAGAUCCCCAAGUGUAACUGUAAGCCGUCAGACGAGCGCCCCUGCAGCUUCGAGUCCGAGUGUCUGAACCGCAUGCUGUUGUACGAGUGCCAUCCUCAAGUGUGUCCGGCUGCAGGCCGCUGCCAAAACCAGGACUUCACCAAACGCCUCUACCCCGAGACCAAGAUCAUCCGCACCGCAGGAAAAGGCUGGGGCCUGGUGUCAUUGCGAGACAUUAAGAAAGGAGAGUUUGUGAAUGAAUAUGUGGGCGAACUGAUAGACGAGGAGGAGUGCAUAGCCAGAAUCAAAUACGCUCAGGAGAACAACAUCACACAUUUCUAUAUGCUCACUAUUGACAAGGAUCGUAUUAUAGACGCUGGACCCAAAGGGAACUACUCUCGCUUCAUGAACCACAGCUGCCAGCCCAACUGUGAGACUCAGAAAUGGACGGUUAAUGGAGACACACGCGUUGGGCUGUUUGCUGUCUGUGACAUCCCUUCUGGCACAGAGCUAACUUUUAACUAUAACCUGGACUGUCUGGGGAAUGAAAAGACUGUGUGUCGGUGUGGAGCGCCCAACUGCAGUGGUUUUCUAGGUGACAGACCCAAGAAUGGUCAUACUUCUGAGCCCAAAGCCAAGCAAUCAAAGAAAAAGCCCAAGAGGAGAAAGUCCCGGAAUGAAGGCAAGAAGUCUGAGGACGAGUGUUUCCGCUGCGGUGACGGAGGAGAGCUGGUUCUGUGUGAUAAGAAGGGCUGCACCAAAGCCUAUCACCUCUCCUGUCUGGACCGCACCAAGAGACCAUUUGGUCGCUGGGACUGUCCCUGGCAUCACUGUGAUGUGUGCGGAAAGAAUUCGGAUGCCUUUUGCCAGCUGUGCCCUAACUCUUUUUGCAAGGCUCACCAGGAGGGGGCAUUGUGGUCGCAUCUGCUCACGGGCCAGCUCUGCUGCCAGGAACAUGAAGACUCUGAUAUCCGCCCUCAGGCGAAGACUCCGGUGGAGCACAAUGCUGAAGUACCCUCAUCCACCAAACCACGCAAGUACAGGCGCAGAUCGACGGCCACAACCAGCAGCAAAGAGCCUCUCAAGAAGAGGGCCAGAAAGACCGCAGAGGUGUAGUGGCAAAUCGAACUACGGAACCUCCCUUUCCUCUCACUAAUCCUGCCCUCCCUUUCCUCAGUUCCUGCCCCAAAUGACUGAGUGAUAUUGACGUCGAGUGACUGUUCUGCCAAGCUGAAAGCACUGUACGUGUCUGAUCAGGGAAGCGUGUUAACACUGUAGAGCUCAUCAGAGCUGCCGAAUCAGGUCCCCUCCACUCACUCUGCCUCCUCAGAUUCCACUCGUGUGUGUGUGUGCGCGUGCGUGUGUAUGUGUGUGUGUGUGUGUGUUUGUGUGCACCCGCUCACGCAUCCACUGACAAAUAGACGACAGAGCCAACAGACCGAACACCUCAAAUAAACAACAUUACAGACGCCAAACUUGAAACCUUUUUACACCUUUAUGAAUCUCAACAUAGAUAAUUUUUUUAAAACCGUAGAUAUGUAUAUGGAAAUGUAUAUGAAAGACCAAAAUUAUAAUAAUACUGGAUUUAUUGUUAGUAACAGGUGCCAGGAAUCUUGUUUUUAACAAGUGGUAUCUUUAAAUAAGACACUAUGGGUAGCCCUUGAAUUACAAUUUUAGAGUCAGUUUUAACUAUAGAGCAGCACAAGGUUGUUGUUGUUUUUAAAUGUAUAGCUUGGUUCAUUUUUGUAGCUCAUUUUUGAUUUUGAGAAACCAGAAUGUUAGGAUGAUACAUCUACCUAUUCAGAGUUUUAAAGGAAAAUCAUGACGGGCUUCUUGUGAUACUUGCAAGUAAUAAAGCUUUUAAAAGCA